ACAGAAUGGUGAGGAGCUUCGCACAGUGGACCAAGACCCUCAGUUUCCCGGCUCGACUGAGUCCGGGGAAGGCCAGUGGAUCACCCCAAAGCAGUCAGGAUGUAACCACCCCCGUCUCCAGCAACCCCGAUAUUUCGGAUUCUGAGAAGGAUAUUAUGUCCUCGGUUGUCUACUGUAUACAUCAUAAGGAAGGAUGUAAAUGGAGCGAUCAGCUUAAAAAACUCAAGGCACACCUGAAUACAUGUAAAUAUGAUACUAUGCCUUGCACCAAUCUCUGUGGCGCCCAGAUCCCUCGUGUUCUGAUGGAAGACCAUUUAAGGUACACAUGCCCUUCACGGACUGAAACCUGUGAGUUUUGUGGUUCAGAAUUAAGUGGACCUGCUUUGGAUUCGCACCCUGGUAGCUGCCCAAAAGAACCACUAUACUGUGAGAACAAGUGUGGUGUCAGGGUACAACGAAGGCAUCUACCCAGGCAUAAGGCAACGGAAUGCACCAAAAGACUAGUCCCAUGCAGGCAUUGUGGCGCAAGUUUUGUGAGUGACACCUUAAACAUUCAUCACAGUAAAUGUUCCCGCCUCCCAGUCCCUUGCCCUAAUCGCUGCCAAAUGUCACCAAUAGCCAGAGAAGAACUUGAAACACAUCUUAAAGAACAGUGUUCUUCACCUUUAACACCCUGUGCAUUCAAGGAUGCUGGAUGUAGAUUCAAGGGACUUCGUGGAGGAAGUAUGGAAAGGCAUUUAGAAGAAAAUACCCAACAACAUUUAGCCCUAAUGUGCAGUCUUGUAUCUAGACAACAACAUCAAAUAUCAAGUCUGAAAAGUACCCUUUCAAGACUGUCUCUCAAUACAUCUGGAACCUUGGUAUGGAGGAUUAAUGAUUUCUUAGCUAAAAUGACGGAAGCGCAAUCAAAAGAAGGUAUGGAACUAGUCUCUCCAACAUGGUAUACUUCACAGUUUGGUUACAAACUUCAAGCAUCCCUUUUCUUAAACGGAAAUGGAACUGGUGAAGGAACCCAUUUAUCACUUUAUAUCAAAUUGCUCCCUGGAGAAUAUGAUGCACUGCUCAAAUGGCCAUUUUCACAUUCAGUAGCUUUCACCUUGUUCGAUCAAAGUGAAAAGGCAUGCAAUGUCGUUGAAAGUUUCGUUCCUGACCCAACCUGGGAAAAUUUUCAGAGGCCUAGCAAAGAACCUGAUACACUUGGAUUUGGUUUUCCACGAUUCAUUUCUCACGAGAUCCUACAAAAGCGAGGAUUUGUUAGAGAUGACACCAUAUUUAUCAGGAUAAAAGUCGACCCAAGCAAAAUUGUUGCUGUCUAACUGUGAAAACUCGUAUAUUUGUAAAUUUAUUUUUAAAAAUUUAAUAGUCAAAAAGGAAUGUCAGCAACAUAUUAGUUUUUAAAUUAUAUGACUGAAUAAACUAAUGUUAUUAUUAUCAUAUAAUAAGAGCUAAUUUUAAAUUCAGAGAAAUAAAUUUUGAUCUUAAAAAUUACACUGCAAGAAAAUAGUGCAAUUUGAAAAAUUAUGAAAUUAAAUUUAUACAAAAAUGAAAAAAAAAAAUAUGUAAGUUUUAGAUAAAAAGAUCAUUUAUUUAUUUCAUGUUGUUGACUUUGUAUAAUAUUUAUAGUUUAAACUACAAAUACCAUAUCAAUAAUGUGUGUACAUAAGAUCUCAUCAAUUAGUUUAUAGUUAGAGCACCAUUUUUUUUAAUUAUUUAAUAGAAUUAAGACACUUAAUAUUCCAAAUGUAUUUAUAGUUAUUAAUUGCCAAAGUUUAUUAUUAUUUAACGAACUUGAUAGUCACCAAGUGAUAUAUGUAUAUUAUAUGUUAUACGACUGUGUAUAUUAUAUUGAUGUAAAUAAUUAUUGUUUAAAUGUGAUUUUAAUGAAUAGAUUUCUUACCAAGAUA